ACAUUUCUUUCACGUAAUUUUCCAUUCUUUUUUUGUUUUUUGUCAGGAAACGAUUUAUUGGAGAAUAUUGAUUUUUAUCUAAGCUCCCGAAAUCAAAACACUAAAAUUUGGUAUCCAUUGUUUGCUAGCAUACAAGCGACGAGUUGCGUCCAAAGCUAAACAAAAUAGGCCAAGUCAAAUGUGAAGACGUCAUCGUGGUGUGAAUAGCAGUUAUUGAAGCAGUUCAAGUUCUCGAAGAUGUCUUCUCGUGCUCUAAAGAAACUGCAAGGUGGCACCGAAAAGAAUUCAAUAAUUGACGCUAAAGAUGACAUCGAUGAUGACCAACUAAGCGACGAUGAUGAUGAAUUGGAUACAGCUCGCGGAAAACAUUUAAAUCCUUUUGACCUGUUGAAUCAGCAAAGUCUCUCCGAGAGCGAAGUGAAGGAGGAUGACAACGAAACCGAGCAUGCAUCAACGGCGGCAAAUCUGCCAAGUGGAACUGGUGGAAAAGGUGCAGCCAAACAAAAGAAGAAAAAGAAGCGCAAGAAGAAAACAAAGUAUACCGGCAACCACAUCAGCAGCGAGGAUAAUGAGCUCACUGACAAAUAUCUAAGCGAUAUCGAUUCCCUUAUCGGGAAGGUACAUAACGCCACAAAUCAAAAUCAAAAGCUCAAUCCGCCGCGCAUAGAGAUCGAUAAAUCAUUACUGACAGUCGAAUUGAAACACUUGAAUCCACAAAAUGAAUUGCGCCGUACGUUUGGCAAAAGAGUCGUUAAAAUUGAGAAUAAACGGGGUCGUCAAAAGUUGACACUUAAAACCACAUACAUGGUAACUGCCAAGGAAUCAUGGCCGCCGAUAACCAAGAACAUCAUAACAAUGAAGCCAGUGCAGCUGCCAGAGCAAUUGGCAGGUAGCAGCAGCAGUACCAACAAUUUCCGUCAGUCGGGAAAAAUUCAAUGGUUUGCUUUCGAGCACAGCCAAUACUAUCAGAGCGUGCAGAAUUUGUUUUUACAAGCAGUUGAACGUACUGAUUCCGAUUUCUUUAUCAGUUUGAUAAGACGAUGUCCCUAUCACGUCGAUUCUCUAAUACAGCUAAGCGAAUUGUGCAAAAUCACGGAGAAUUACAGCUUAGCAGCCGAACUUAUUGAGCGCGCCGUACUUGUGCUAGAGUCAUCAUUGCAUCCGAGCUUUAGCUUGACGUCGGGUAACUGUCGUCUGGAUUACCGCCGUCAAGAAAAUAGGUCAUUCUUUAUUACGCUAUUUAAGCAUGCUCAGUACUUGGAAGCACGCGCUUGUUGUCGCACUGCAUUCGAGCUUUCCAAAUUGAUACUGAGCUUAAAUCCGGAAGUAGAUCCCUUGGCCAUUGUGCUGAUCAUUGAUUAUUAUGCGUUGCGCAGCAAACAGUAUGCAUGGCUUAUUAAAUUUUAUGAAGAAUAUGAUGCCGUGCGUAAUCUAUCCCAAUUGCCAAAUAUGGCGUACUCUUAUGCCUUGGCAUUGUUUUGCCAAAUGGGAGAAUGUGAAAAGUCGGAUAAGGCUUUGCAGUAUGCACUCUUAAUGUUUCCCGGUGUAUUGCGCCCUCUGCUGGAUGAGCUAUCUGUUCAGACUGACAAGCGUGUACAAGCUUCGUCGUAUUUUAACAACUCUAUAUCUGGCAGUCAAUCUCCCUCGCUACAUCAACUGGUGUCGUUGUACAUUUGCCGUGCUAAAGUUGUUUGGCGACAAAAUAACAUGCUGCCUUGGUUGGAACGCAAUGUCAAUUUGGUUUUGGAUCUAGUAGAUCAAAAGGAUGAAGUCAUUACCGAUUAUAAUCAGAAACGUGCUGUGCGUUAUGUAUCGCCACCACGUCCCAUAUUGCGUCAUGUGAUACUUUCUGAUUACAAGGAGAAAGUGCCUCUAGCGCCGUUCCUUGCCAAGGAGAAGGAUCCAUUAAUGAUGUACGAUCCAUUGCCACCAGUGGACUCAGUCAAUUGCUAUGAGCGAAAAUCCUCCUCCAGUAGCCCAACAACAGGACCAAAUCGAUCGGUUUUUAUGUUCUUUGAAUCACUAAUGCCGUCAUUUAACUUAAAUAAUCGCGGUGGUGAACAGCAACCAAAUGCUGCUGUCGAAGCUGGGGUAGCACGAGCAAACGCUCUGCCUGCACCACCAGUCAAUGCGGCUCACGACGAUGAUGAAGUAGCGCAAGUGGAUCGUCAUCUUCAAGCUUUAAAUGCAAAUUUAGAAAACGCUGCAGCCGAAGAUGCUGCUGGUGACACCGAAGGCGGUGCCUCGUAUCGUGAACUCACACAAUCGCUGACAAACAUUGUGGAUGCCAUGCGUGAUUUUCUUCAGAAUUUUCGUAUUGUGGAACCCAUGCAGACUGCUGAUGGCGAGGACAAUGGCAGCUCAGAAGAAGACACUAGUGAUUACCUUAAUUGAAUCAACGCGCUGAACAGUUUCUUCUUUAAAUCAAUUCCUUUGUGUCAAAGAGGCCAAUUCAAUUUUUGAUUUCGACCAAAAAUAUUUCUCAAAUUCUAUUAAUCAUCUUUUCAAGCGAAGAACAAUUCUUUAGAACACAGAACAAACGACCGUCGAAAUAAAAUAUCCAUUCGGAACUUGCUUUACAUACAUAUACAUAAACAUAGAAAUCUAAUUCCAAAUUUGUUAAAAAAAGAAUAAGCGAAAUCUGCUUUUUAUAAAUACAUGCAUAUUUACAUUAUGAAUCUAGAGGAUAUAAAAUUUUAAUAGUAAAAGGAACGAAAAAGAAGUAAAAAACUGGAUGUGGUUGAUUUUUUGCUUGAUAAGUAAACACACAAAUAAGUAUAUACCAAGGCACACAGACCUUUAUAUACAUGCAUACUUGCAUAAAUUAUUGUCUUUUCAAAAUGUAUUUACAUAAAUA